ACCCUGCUGCUGGGGCUGCCCCUCACCCUCCCCGCCGAGCCCCCCGCCUGCGCCCCGCUCCGCACGCUCCCCCUGGACAAUGACACCCUCCCUGGGAUCCUGGGACACUGGAUCUAUAUUGCCAGUGUCUCCCGGCACCCGCAUUACCUGGAGCAGGUUAAGACCAUGAAACAUGCAGCUUUUUCCUACUUUCCUGGCAGCAACGAGGACGAGCUCAAUGCCACCAAAAUUGUUAGAGUGAACGAGACGUGUGUGGUGAGGAACACCGAUGGGAUCCAGGUCUUCAGGCACAACUCUACCCUGCUGCAUGUUGAUGACCAAAGAGUUUCCAUGGCUGAGGUGAUCCAAAGCGACAAGGACCUGCUGAUCCUGAAGCACUUUCAUGACAACGAACUGGGUCUGAGCCUCUCAGCACGAACACACAACGUGAGCAAGGAGCAGCUGGAGGAGUUCAAAGCCCAGUUGCACUGCCUGGGCUUCACCGAGGAGGAGAUGUUCUUCACAUCUGAAAAGGAUGCCUGUCCCCUGCCUGGGCAGGAGAAAGAAGAAGGUGAUGAGGAGCCAGAGCUGGAUUAA